UGGGCCGACCGCGAGCCGGGGGUGGGCUCUCAGGGGACUGCAGGCAGCCCCCCAGAUCUGCACCGCCGGCCGCCGAGAUUUCGGGGCUCCGCUGCGCUGUCACAUGGGCGGCGGCGACGGGGCCGCAUUUAAGCGGCCGGGGGACGGCGCCCGCCUCCAGCGCGUCCUCGGGUUUGGCUCCCGCCGGGCGCCCCGCGCUCUGCCCGCCGGGGGCCCCGCGCCGCGCCGCCCCGCGCCGCCCCCGCCGGGCCAUGCGAACGCGGGCCCCGCCGCGAUGAGCUCGCAGAUCGCCAAAAGCGAGUCCAAGACAUCGCUGCUGAAGGCGGCGGCGGCGGCGGCGGCGGCGGCGGCGAGCGGGGGCAGCCGGGCUCCCCGCCACGGCCCUGCCCGGGAUCCGGGGCUGCCCGGCCGCCGGCUGCCUGGCACCUGCCCGAGCACGCCGCCUCCGUCCGGGGACCCCAGUUCGCGGAGGCCCCUGUGCCGGCCGGUGCCGCGCGAGGAGGGCGCGCGGGGGAGCCGCCGUGGGCUGCCCCCGGCGCGCUGCAGGCCCCGGGAGGCGCUGCCGGCCGCGGCGUCCCGACCUCCGCCGCCGUCGCCGCUGCCGCCGGCCCGCGGGCGGGAUGGGGAGGAACGGGGGCUGUCCCCGGCGCUCGGCCUGCGGGGCUCUCCGCGAGCCCCGGGCCGCGGGGACUCCGUGCCCACCGCCGCGACCGAGGCGGACCCGUUCCUCCACCGGCUGCGCCCCAUGCUCAGCUCCGCCUUCGGCCAGGAUAGAUCACUGCGGCCAGAAGAGAUUGAAGAGCUCCGAGAGGCCUUCAGAGAGUUUGACAAGGACAAGGAUGGCUACAUCAACUGCCGAGACCUGGGCAACUGCAUGCGCACCAUGGGCUACAUGCCCACGGAGAUGGAGCUCAUCGAGCUGUCCCAGCAGAUCAACAUGAACCUGGGUGGCCAUGUGGAUUUUGAUGACUUCGUGGAGCUAAUGGGGCCGAAACUCCUGGCAGAGACAGCAGAUAUGAUUGGCGUAAAGGAACUGCGAGAUGCCUUUCGAGAGUUUGACACCAAUGGUGAUGGGGAGAUAAGCACCAGUGAGCUGCGAGAGGCCAUGAGGAAGCUCCUGGGCCAUCAGGUGGGACACCGAGACAUAGAGGAAAUUAUCCGAGACGUGGACCUCAAUGGGGAUGGACGAGUAGACUUUGAAGAGUUUGUCCGAAUGAUGUCCCGCUGAGGCCUCGAGGGCCCCACCAGGACUGCCAAGCUCCCCAGGUUGGGAGGGGAGAAGAGGAGCCGGAGCUCGCCUCGCCCUGCCACCGCCGCAGCUGCCCCGAGCCCAGGACGUACUGGCGGAUGGGGCCUGCCUGCACCCGGGGGAGGUGCCCACCCCGGACCCCCACCCCUCUGCACUGUGAAAGACUCACAACUCCUGCAACUGGAAAAGGGGGCGCCCGCUGAUGAGGAGGCCACCAUGCCAAGCCGGCAGAGGUCGUGCCAGGCGCCAAGUGCCAUGUCCCCAGCCACCGCUGGCUGGGUGGGCCAGGGAGCCCGCCAGCAGACCCCACACAGCAUGUCUGUCCCAGGGCAGAGCCUCUCGCUGCCCUCCUUAGCUCUAUGCCCGUCCCAGCUCGCCUCAGCCCUGUGAUCUCAGAAUCAAUAAAAAUGUUUCCAAGAGAAUGAA